GCCGCGCGCCAGUCACGAACAACGUCGGCAAUCGUCGACGUCGUACAGUCGCCGUCGCCGCCGCUUCACGCUCGUACGUAAUCGCGAACGGGUUGAGAUAGAAUUUUUCUUGUAUCACGACGUCUUAUCGCGGCUUUCGACCCGCGACAAAUUCCAGAGCGAUAACGCGCGUGCGCGCGUCAGCCCGCCCGCUGCCCCAUCAGACGGCCGCGAUGUAUCGCGUCUGAGGGGCCCCGUCCGGACGACAGCCGUGCAUGCGACGUUCGUGUGUACGACGACGGUUCCGCCGCGUUCUACCACGGCCGCGUGUGCUGUUCAACGGACCGCAGACGCCGCCUCCGCCUCCGCCGCCGCCGCCGAAGAGGACGACGACGACGACGGGCGGAAAGCGCGACCACCAAAAUGCCGCCUCCCCCACGGACGAUUUCGUGACAUCGGCUACUGGAUUUUUGAACUGUUAUUGGGAGUAUGGAAGAACAGGAAACUAUGAACAAAACAUUGCCACUUGCUAAGAAGCAGAAAGUUAAUGACAGUGAAUAUCGCUUGGUAGAUUUAAACGUAGAUACAAUUAGUUUAAACUUGACAAAACAUUGUCUAUGUCAAUUGCCUGAAACAUGUAUGCUAAAAGAAGUUUUUAGGGUCUCAAAUGUAAGUAGUUGGAGUAAUGAACGACUUUUAAAUUUUUUGAGUUCAGCUCGAUUGACCUGUGACAUUGCCCUCAAACAACAAUCAGAAGGCACUAUAUGCACCAGUGUUGAGCGGUUAAGUAAUUACUUAAUUUCUAAUAAAACUGGUAUAGUAAAUGAAGUUGUAUCUUUACUUACACGAACAGAUCCUUACAUAUCAUACGCAGCUAGUAACGCUUUAGCAGAAAUAUUUUUGUGUUCACAAAAUAAAUUAGAUAAUGCAUGGGUGGAAGAGUUAACAGAUUUAUUUCUUCGUCGAUCUCCUGAAACUUUAUGUCCUGUUAUAUCAGUUUUUAAACGUGUAUUGUGUUGGAGAGAUUCACAAAUGAAUGAUAAUGAAAAAAAUAUCAAGAUGCCUGAAAAUUGUGUUAGCAGGAAAGUUAUUUUUGAAGAUGAUGAAAUUGAGAUGGAUGACGAAUUUGGAAUAAGCCUUGUUAAAACGAAAGUUAUUGAAGUUUUACAAAACCAAUGGAAAAUGAUUGUAUUGAAAUUUAUUAGGUACAUGUCAUCUUUUGACCACUGUACAGAUCUUAAUACUGAACAAUUCACUCAUAAAAUGGGUCAUCUUGCCAUCAUAGAAUUUAUAAAGUUAUGGACCUCUAUGGUUUCCAUUAAAACCAAUCUUAAUGUUAUGAACAUUAAAUAUUUCUACGCAGAUUUGGGACAAAUGCUUAUUCUUUUAAGGCGGCCAAAAGUCCAACCAGUAGUUUGGAAGAAUAUUAUUAAUCUUUUCAAUGAAAGUUUGUGUUACACCACAACAUUGGCUGUACAAGGUACUAUGCAAGAAGAACCUUGUAUGUUGGCUAGAGAAUUGGUCAAGGUUGUAAAAACUAAAAAUAUGUUGAAUAAUAUGCCAUUUAGAAAAGGUCCUGGAGAAUUCGGAGGAGGAGAAGAAGACGAAGGCGAUAAAAAAUUGUUACAAGACACAGUUUUAUUAAUUUUAAAAGCAGUGGCUACAAUCAUCAAGGAGACAAAAAAUGAAUCUUCAUCCAGUGAUUCUUCGUCUGAUGAAUCUGAAGACUCUGAAGAAAUAGAUGCUGAGAUGGCAAUAAUUGAAAGUAGUGUCAAUGAAGUUUUACGGAAGCUUGAUGCAUGUGUUAAAAAAUGUAUGUCUUAUCUGCCGGAAACUCAAAUUGCACAGUGGAUUGUACAGUUAUUUUCUGAUCGCAAUGACRUACUCAUUGAGAGUAUGAUAUGUACUAUUGAUAUUUCACUGGUAUUGUGUUAUCGUCGUAACUCUUUACCAAUGUUGCGUCAAGUGCUAAAUCCCACUGCCAGUUUAGUUGAAUUUCUACAAACAUUAUCUUAUAAUAAUGAUUUAAACGAAUUAAUAUUAGAUUUAUUGUUGGGUAGUGACACUAGUUUUCUGUUGUACAUAAUGCGAAUAUUGAAAUUCAUAUGCAAUAGGUGGUCAGAGUUUUGCCUUUGUUGUGAUACAAAGUUGCAAAGCACAAUGGCUACAUUAASAAACUUACAAACAAGUCUUGACCAACUCAUUAAAAAUAAUUUAACUCCUUAUAAUCUUAAUCCAGUAUUAAGGUUAUUAGUUAAAUGUAAUGAGUUGUAUUCGGGUAUAGCUGUAAUAAACAUUUGAAUAAUUUAUAGUUUUGUUAGUUCAGUGGCGGCUCGAAGGAAGUAUGAUUCAAAAAUCAUGUUUAUAAAGAUAUUAAAAGAACAUUGGACCCACAUGUGUUUUCUCUGUCUUACACACAUACCGCAUAGCAAAUUUUUGUUCGCUAGUUUCAAUAGUGUGCUGUUAGUUUUUAUAUUAGGGUGAAUUGACCCAGUAUCAAACUUUUAGGUAAUAAUUA